CUACGCCACGGCCUCCAGAAACUAGACUGCCUUCGCCAGCUGGCGAGGCCGCGUCUUCAGCAGCCGCAAUGGCUACCUAGGGCCCCUUGCAAAGUCGACAUGAAGAGCUUGACAACAAGCGCAAGAAAUCAACAACCACGAACCGAAACCGAAAGCGAGGACGCCUCAGCCGGAUCCCUCAUCGCCGGCUCCCGGAAGGGGCCCUUCGAAGGCGUCACCCACGUUCGGCCCAUGCCCGUGUCGCCGUCCUACUUCUCUCGCGAGCCCCAUUUCACCGACUCGAUCGUCCGGCUCGCCACGCUCCUCCACCGAUACCAGAACCUCCCGGUCGUGGCACCGGACCAGGAGCGAAAGCCGCAGCUGUGGAAGACGCUGCUAGAAUACCGCGUGUACAGCGGAGAACCCAUCAAGGCGCUGCAGUACAGCCGGGCCCUGUCCAUCGUCAAACGACUGCAUCAGAUCGACCCCAAGCUGAUGCCGGCCGAGGUCAAGGACGCGCUCGUCGACUUCGAGAAGGACAUUGAUCCCUUCUCCAACGUCCCCAAGCCUAUCCCUGUCGACAGAUUCGGGCGCGCUGUGGGUGUCGGGCGGCGUAAGACGUCCACGGCGCGGGCCUGGGUUGUCGAGGGCACCGGGGAGGUGCAGAUCAACGGCAAGCCGCUCAACGAGGCCUUUGGUCGCAUCCACGAUCGCGAGAGCGCUGUCUGGGCGCUCCGCAGCACCGACCGGGUGGAUAAAUAUAACAUCUGGGCGCUGGUAGAAGGGGGCGGCACGACCGGCCAGGCCGAGGCCCUCACCUUGGCCAUCGCCAAGGGCUUGCUGGCUCACGAGCCGGCCCUCAAGCCGAUUCUCAGGCAGGCUGGCUGUAUCACCCGCGAUCCCAGAGCGGUCGAGAGGAAGAAGCACGGUCACGUCAAGGCUCGGAAGAUGCCCGCUUGGGUCAAGCGGUAGAGCGGAGGAAGACAGAAAUACAAGACCAUUCAUGGACAUUGUAUGCCUUGGAGGCAGAGACAACCAGCCAAAAAGUCGAGGGAGGCGGGGGCCGUUUGUUCUUCCGCCCAUCGAUCUGUACAAUCAUUCGUUUGUAAUAUUAGGCAACUGCGACAAGCGCACUCGCGGAACAUGUCAAUUUUUUUGUGAACGAAUACUGUGAUGGGCAGGCCGUGUUUCGUUGCAAAGCAUUAUGAAGGGUAGUAGUGAUGCUGGGCAACCGAACAUUGUGAGUUUGGAGUUGAGCGCAAGUCCGCUCGCGCCGGGCUUGAAUAGGAGCAGAUGGGGACAGUGACAGCUUCAUAAGGUACUUCAUGCCAACAAAACUCCGUUGGCCCGCGGGUUCGCCUUUGCAAGAUGGCCACGUUUCAUGGCCGUGGUGAAGGUGUUGGUUUCUUCAGCAUACCUUAACUAAGGUACCUUAUCUAAAGCC